AUGGAGCGGCUCCAGGCGGUGAAGGCGCUGCUGAAGCGCUGGGAGGCGGCGUUCGCGCAGCAGCACGGCCGCAGGCCCGGCACGGGCGACGUGGAGGCGGCGCCGGAGGACGUGAGGCGGCUGUACCGGGAGUACCGGGCGCUGAAGCACCGCGGGGAGCUCGCCCCGUGCCCGCCGGCUGAGGGGAGCCCGGCCACGGAGCAGGACUCCGGCUGCUGGGGCACGCACCUCAACCGCCAGCCCAAGGCCCCCAAAUCGAGCGCCACCAACCAGCCCGUGCCGGCGGCGUCGGCGCAGCACUUCGGGAGGAAGCUAAAAGCCAACCUGGGCGCUGCCAUAAAGGAGAGGCCGCCGGUGCCCAGGAGGACGCUGGCUCCCCGUCCCAAACCCGUCCCGCAGCAGGAGCAUGGUGCCACGUCCCCGGUGCCGUCCCCGCCGGGUGACGCGGAUGGCAGCGAGCCCCCCGAGCUCCUCCUCCCCGCCGCCGUGCGCGCCCUGGCCCCGCUCGUCCUGACCGAGGGGCCGAGGCCUCGCCCGCAGGGCAACAAGUUCCAGCGGCUGCGGCAGACGGUGGCGAGGAGGCUGAGCUCCCUCGACGCCGCCUGGCUGCGGCGCUGCCAGGGCGAGCCCGGCCCCGAGGAGCCGCCCGAUUGGGGUGCUGAGCCUCGGGGUGCUGAGCCUCAGGGGGUGGAAGGGGAAAACGUCGCCCCCGCGGGGAUCCGCUCCCCGCCGCAGGAGCCUGAGGUGUCGGAAGGAGCUCGGGGCGAGCUGGCGGAGACUGAGGGGGGCGAACGGCCGGCCGGGCACGGCGGUGACAGCGCAGCGGGGCCGCGGGGCGCCGACGGUGGCCGCGCACCCGAGGAGCUCCCCGGUGGCACCGGGGGCGCAAAGAAGGUCGGAGGGAAGAGGCGGCGCAGGGACAGCGGGGCAGGAGGCAGCGAGCAGCCAGCGCGAAAGCAGCCGAGGGAAAAAGCGCCGGCGGCAGCGCCGCCGGCCCCCGAAAACCUCCUGGGAGACAUCGAGGAGGAGAAGCUGAGACCCCCCUGCAGAGCCGCUCCUGCCAGGGCUCCGCGGCGGCCCCCCGGCAACUUCGUGCGCCUCAACCUCAAGAACCGCUCCCACGUGCGAGGCCACGUGCUGCGGGGGAACCGCCUCCGCGAGCAGGUGUGGAAGCAGAAGUGGCAGAAGAAGGCGGCGCAGUUCGGCGGCGGGUCGGCCCUCGGCGGGAGCUCGGGCGUCUGCUUCUGCUGCGGCGCCACGGGGCACUGGGCGGCGGAGUGCCGGGGCGAGGCCGGCCGUGCCCGGGAGGAGGAAGAGGAGGAGGAGGAGGAGGAAGAUCCCUUGCCCACGCUGGCAGAAGUUGCCCGCAGGACCAACAGCGUCUGCCCGGAGCUCUCCGAGAGCGGCGGCCCCGAGGGCGCUGCGGGGGAGGUGACGGCCCACCUGGAGGUGCAGCGGGCGCCCUACGAGCCCCCCGAGCCCCCCGCGCCCGUGGAGCCCCUCUACAGCCUGGGGCCGGGCGGGAAGGUGCGAGAGACCCCCGCGGAGGUGCUGGAGGCGCUCGAGGAGCUGGGGUUCAGCUCCUUCCGCCCCGGCCAGGAGGCGGCCGUGAUGAGGAUCCUCUCGGGCCUCUCCACGCUGGUCGUGCUGCCCACGGGGCUGGGCAAGUCGCUGUGCUACCAGCUCCCCGCCUACCUCUACCGCAAGCGCUCGCCGUGCGUCGCCUUGGUCGUCUCGCCGCUGGUGGCGCUGAUGGAUGACCAGGUGUCGGGGCUGCCGCGGGGGCUGCGGGCGGUCUGCGUCCACUCCAACAUGAGCAGGGCGCAGCGGGAGGCGGCGGUGGAGCAGGUGAGGAAGGGCGCGGUGCACGCGCUGCUGCUGUCCCCCGAGGCGCUGGUGGGCGGCGGGGGCUCGGGCUCCUGCUGCCUGCCCCCCGCCGCCGAGCUGCCCCCCGUCGCCUUCGCCUGCAUCGACGAAGCUCACUGCGUCUCCCAGUGGUCCCACAACUUCCGCCCCAGCUACCUGCGGCUCUGCAAGGUGCUCCGCGACCGCCUGGGCGUGCGCUGCUUCCUGGGGCUGACGGCCACCGCCACCCCGGCCACGGCACGCGACGUGGCCGCGCACCUCGGCGUCGCCGAGGAGGAGGGGGAGGAAGGGAUCGCGGGGCGCUGCGCCGCCGUGCCCCCGAACCUGCGCCUCUCCGUCUCCAUGGACAGGGACCGGGACCAGGCCCUCAUCUCCCUGCUGCGCGGGGAGCGCUUCGGCCACCUCGACUCCAUCAUCGUCUACUGCACGCGGCGGGAGGAGACGGCUCGCGUCGCCGCGCUCAUCCGCACCUGCCUGCAAGGGGUGCUGCCGGCCGAGCCCCCGGCGGCCCCCCAGGACGACGGCGACGCGGGGAGGAAGAAAGAGCGAGCGAAGAGCACCCGGCGCCCGCUCAAGUGGAUCGCGGACGCCUACCACGCCGGCCUGUCGGCCGCCGAGCGCCGGCGCGUGCAGCGCAGCUUCAUGUCCGGCCAGCUGCGCGUGGUGGUGGCCACGGUGGCCUUCGGCAUGGGGCUGGACAAGGCGGACGUGCGCGGCGUGGUGCACUACAACAUGCCCAAGAACUUCGAGAGCUACGUGCAGGAGAUCGGGCGGGCCGGGCGGGACGGCGAGCCGGCGCGCUGCCACCUCUUCCUGGACCCGGAGGGCGAGGACCUCCACGAGCUGAGGCGGCACAUCUACGGCGACACCGUCGACUUCUUCACCGUCAAGAAGCUCGUGCAGAAGGUUUUCUCUCGCUGCAAGUGCCGGGAGCUGCACCAGAAGCGCCAGGCCCUCGGCGGGGACGCGGAGGCCGAUGACGCCGCCGUGGCCGAGCUGGCGGAGGAGCCGGAGGGCGGCGCGGCGCGGGGCAGCGAGCAGCCCCGGCGGGCGUGCUACAUGCACGAGCGCGCCGUGCCCGUCCAGCGAACCGUGGAGGAGCUGGACGUGCGCGAGGAAGGCAUCGAGACCCUGCUGUGCUACCUGGAGCUGCACCCGCGGCGCUGGCUGGAGCUGCUGCCCCCCACCUACUCCUCCUGCCGCGUGCAGUGCUACGGCGGCCCCCAGCAGCUCCGGGCUGCGGCGCGGAGCUGCCCGCCCAUCGCCGUCUUCCUGGCCCGCGAGCGCCUGGCGGGGCGGCCGCACGCCCGCGACAGCUCGGUGGAGUUCGACGUGGUCUCGCUGAGCGACUCCAUGGGCUGGGAGGUGCCGCUGGUGAAGCGCGCCCUGCGCCAGCUCCAGUGGGACACGCAACUGCGCCGAGGCGGCCGCGCCGGGGCGGGGAGCGGCGUCCUGGUGGAGUUCGCGGAGCUCUCCUUCCACCUGCGCGCCUACGGCGACCUCUCCGAGCAGGAGCUGGACUCCGUCUGCGACUUCCUGCACCGCAGGGUGGUGGCGCGGGAGAGGGCGGCGCUGGGCCAGCUGCGCGCCUGCUUCAGGGCCUUCAAGAGCGUGGCCUUCCAGAGCUGCGAGCCGCACCCCGAGCAGGCGGAGGAGGAGAGGAGCUCCCGCCUCAGGGCUCUGCUCCGGGACUACUUCGAGAAGGAGGCCCCCGGGGAGCCGGCCCCGCGCGGCUGCGAGGAGGAGGAGGAGGAGGAAGAUGAGGAAGAGGAUCGCCGUGGAGCACAAGACGGGGAGGACCAGGUGCGCGCCGACGUCCGCCACUUCCUCGCCAUCCGCCAGGACGAGAAGUUCUCGGGCAGAGCCGUCGCCAGGAUCUUCCACGGCAUCGGCAGCCCCUGCUACCCGGCCCAGGUCUACGGGCGCGACCGCCGCUUCUGGAGGAAGCACCUCCGCUUCGACUUCCACCGCAUCAUGCGCGUGGCCACCGAGGAGAUCCUGGCGCUGCGCUGAGGCCGCCGGGACGUCACCGUGGUCCCCAAGGGACCCCUGGGCCCUGGGGGAGGCGCGGAAGAGCCCUGCGGCGGUGUGCGGGGCUCACUGCGCCGUCGUUUGUCCCCCUCGGCCCCGUUACCCCGCGUUUAAGCGGCUCCGGCCUCCCUUGGGGG